AUGGCCGAGCAAGCCGAGGGCCGCUUCUUCCCCGCCGAAGCCGCCAACGAGCCUCCGCCGCCGCCGCGGAGGCCCCGCCAUGGCACCUGCCCCUCCUCCUCGCCGGAGUCCAGGUUCUGGAGAUCGUUCCGAAACUCGCAGCUUGCCUCGGGGAUGAUCCAUCCGGUCACACACUUGGAGUUCUCCCCUGCGUCGCCCUACGACCUCGCGGCCUCGGUCUCCGCCAACGUCAACCUCUACGGCGGAUCCCCCGAUCUCUCCCCGAAGUCCUUCUCCCCGCUGCAGCACUUCGAGGAUGUCGCCUACUCCCCCUCCUUCCGCUGCGACGGCGCGCUCCUCGCCGCCGGCGGCCAGUCGGGGCUGGUCCAGAUCUUCGACCCUAACCGCGCGCGGCUCCCUCUCCGGCGCCUGCGUGCCCACUCCCGUGCCGUCCGCGUGGUCCGCUAUCCGCGGAUCGCCGAUAAGGUGCAUCUCUUCUCCGGCGGCGACGACGCGGUGCUCAACUACUGGGAUGCGGCCACCGAGACGCGGCUGCUGAGCUUUCCGGCGGCGCACAAGGAUUACAUCCGCGCCGGAUCGGCGUCCCCAGUAAGUGCAGAUUUGAUCGCCACGGGAUCCUACGAUCACAUGGUAAGGCUGUGGGAUGUCCGCUCUUCGGAGAAUUCCGUCUUGGCGGUCAACCACGGGGAUCCCGUCGAGAGCGUCCUCUUCCUCCCAUCGGGAGGCCUCAUGGCGACGGCCGGCGGGAACGUGGUCAAACUUUGGGACGUCAUCAGCGGCGGUAGAAUGAUCCACAGGCUUGACUGCCACAACAAGACGGUGACCUCUGUCUGUCUCGGUGCAGUCGGAAAGGGGGACGAAGGGGAGCCGCGGCUCCUCACUGCGUCGCUCGACGGCUACGUGAAGGUCUUCGAUUAUGCGGCAUUCAGGAUCACCCACUCCACGAGGUUCCCCUCGAUGCUCCUCUCAGUAGCGUUCUCCCCCGCUGGGAAUGCCCUCGUCGCAGGCACUUCCAACGGCGUGAUCUACAUAGGGAAGAAGAAGAGGAAGAUUGAGAAGACGGAGGAAACCGAGGUUUCCGGCGGGAAGCUCGAUGGGUACAUCAUCGAGAGGGAGAAGCCGGCAUUGAGGCCCUCGAAUUUCAGAUACUUCCAGCGUGGGCAGAGCGAGAAGCCCUCGGCGACGGACGUCGUCGUGAGGCAGACGGCAAGGGUGAGGCUGGCGGAGCACGACAAGCUCUUGAAGAAAUUUGAGCACGGGAAGGCGCUCCUCUCCUCCCUGGACAAGAAGAACCCCAAAGCCGUGAUGGCCGUCAUGCAGGAGCUGGUAGCGAGGAGAAAGCUGCUGGCCUGCGUGAGGGCGAUGGACCCCCAAGGUCUCGAGCUGCUGCUCAGUUUUCUCCAUAAGAAUGCCACCAUGCCGAGGUACGCUAGGUUCUUGAUGGGGCUCACAACCAGGGUUCUCCAAAUGCGCGCGGAGGACAUCCACUCUUCGCCGGCGCUGAGGACCCAUGCCAGGAACAUCAAACGCAUGGUCGCAGAGGAGAUCAAGGUUCAGCAUGCCCUGCAGGAGAUUCAGGGAAUAGUUUCUCCCUUACUCAGGAUUGCCGGGAGAUGA